CUUGCAUGCUCACAACCUCCAACAGGGAGCAGGAGGAACGCGUUUGUGUAAACUGCCGCGCAAGAGCAAACGUGCGGCGUAGAAUUGCGGAUAGCAGUUCACGAGCAGUGGAUGGCAUCUGUAAGAUAGCUGGCCGAGCAAGGAUUCAGGACCCGGCGUGCCCAAGACUCGUCACUGCUGUCUGCUAGCCGAGUCAGACAGUGUCAGGGUCAAAGGGAGCUUUGCAAUCAAGACGAGAACAGACGGUCCGUCGGUCGGGUCCGGUCAGCUACAAGCCAAACCUUUACCUCUGAUUUUCAACGGGCCCUCUUGCAAGACUCUCCCCCACCACGUUGAGCCUCUCGCCAGUUGCCCUCUCUCGUAACCGCAUCCCCUACACCGUCAUGGACGCCACGCCUACUGCAGCGCAAGCUGCUGAUCGGACGGACACUAUGUCGCCCAAAGAUGCACAACUUUCCCAGCACGAUCACCAGCAAAGGUUCGGAUUGCUGAGUAUUGUGGGAUUAGCAUUUGCCGUGCUCAACAGUCCUACCGCCAUGUCCGCCUCCCUCUCCGUCGUGCUACCUUCCGGUGGACCCGUCUCUGUGAUCUGGGGUCUGUUUCUAUCCUUUCUCGGCGUCUUUUCCGUUGCGCUCUCGCUAGCCGAGUUGUGUUCUGCCGCUCCGACUCCCGGAGGCCCGUAUCACUGGGUCUGGUUACUUUCGCGCAUCAACGACUCGAGGGAAGAUGGUGCGGCAGCUGAAAGAGGGAGGAAGGCAUCGUUGAGAUUGACUUAUGCGACGGGAUGGAUCGCUACGGCGGGAUGGAUCUGUCUGGCUGCUACCACCUCUUCCCUAGCCGGCACUUUGAUUGUGGGAGCUAUCGCCUUGAACAAUGCCAACUAUCAAGAGCAGAGUUGGCACAUCUUUCUCAUCUACGUCGCUUUUGCUAUCGGAGCUUGGUUCGUGAAUGUCUUUGGAGCGAAAAUUUUGGAUCCGAUCAACCGUGCGGCCCUGAUCUGGUCCCUACUAGGCGUCUUUUUGAUCUUGGUCACGACGCUCUCCGUCUCCUCUCCCGUAUAUCAGCCCGCCUCGUUCGUGUUUGGAAAUUUUGCGAAUAGGACGGGAUGGCCCGACGGCGCAGCUUGGAUCUUGGGAUUGUUGCAGAGCACGUUCGGACUGGUCGGGGUGGAUGGCGUUAGUCACUUGGUGGAAGAAUUGCCUAGACCUCAUAGGAACGCGCCGCUGGCCAUGAUUCUUGCACCCAUCAUUGGAUUCCUGAGCGCCUUGGCCAUCCUCAUGACCUUUUUGUUCGUCCUUCGAGACUUUGAUGCCGUGGUGGACUCAUCAGCGGGUCCCUUGCUGGAGAUCAUCUACCAAGCAUUAGGCGGACGAGAUGUGGCCAAUCCCUCUCGGGCCAUAUUAGCAGGCAGUACAGCACUCUACGUCUUGCCCAUCAUUUCGAUGGCGUUUGCGGCCAUUGCUAUCCUGUGCGCUUCGUCGCGACAGACGCAAUCGUUCGCGAAAGAUCGAGGAUUCCCGAGAUUGCUGUCCGACUACUUGGCGAAAGAGAAUGAGAGGACAGGUACGCCCAUUUGGAGCAUCACCUUUUCUACAGCUUGGGUCAUCAUUUUUGGAUGCAUCUUUUUGGGAAGCGAGACGGCGCUCAAUUCCAUAUUGAGCGCUAGUGUAGUCUUGCUGCAGAUCAGCUACAUUUUGCCAAUCGCGUUGGUGUUGACCAAAGGUAGGAAUUGUAUGGAUGGGAUACAGCAACGUGUGCUCUUGCCACAGAGCAUCGCGCGAUCGAUCAGUGAGGUAUCGCAGGAGCAGGAGAGCCAUAACUUCCAGCACAAGAAAGAGCGAGUAGGGAGUCUUACCACAGCUGGUCGAGGGUCACUUCACUUGUCAUAUCGAGGCGCUCGACGCUUUAACCUCGACAAUGUCAGAAUCUCAUCCCUCUUCAGCAGGACAACGGCUGGAAAGGUUGCAAAAGGACAAGAGACACGUUGGCUGGCCAUCAUCAUCAACGUCUGGUCCAUCAUCUUUAGCUCCGUCACCACCGUCUUCUUCUUCUUCCCUAGCGAAUUACCAGUGAGCGGGUCGAACAUGAACUACGUCGUGGUCGUGACUUCCAUCGUCGUUCUCCUCUCCCUCUCCAGCUGGCUCAUGGAUGGACGCAGACAUUACGACGGACCUCUAUCCGCCGAUUUGCUCUCGCUCUCGCUCUCGCGCCAACAACUCUCUCAAGAUGCUGAUCGGCAAGACGUGCGCACGAGCGACAAUCGCGAUAGCCCGAAAGAAGAGACGAAGCCGAAAGGCGGCGGCGGCGGCGGCGGCGAUGGCGGGCCGACUUUGAAUGGCGCAGAGCCGCAGAUCAGGGAUUCAAAUUACGAGUAGCGGAGCGGGUAAGGGUCCGUCUGCAUCAACGAGUACUGCAAUGAAUGAGCUGGGCUGUUGUUCUUUCCCCCUUCUCUCUUUCUCUUUUUGUUGCGCCUGCUUCCGUGCUUCCAAGACA